AUUUUGUCAGAAAUAAACUUGGUCCCACAGUAGGACUUCAAUCAGACCAACGAGACAAAAAUUAGUGGCAAGUGAAAUCGGGUCAAUUACAUAUAUUUUAGAACAAAUAAGCUAUCUAGCAUAAGGAUAAGGAUAAGGUUGUGGAACCCACCGCAUGCCGCCGGUUUCAGUCCCUGGUAAUUGGAACCAGCCGCCAACUAUCAAAACCAGCGGCAACUUUUUGCCAAUUAUUGUUUUCUGUUACCUUUUCCUUCCAAAACUUCAGGCUUUUAUAAGUCAAGCCCACCCACUCUCUUCUCCCAUCAUCCAAAAAAACGAAGCAAGCAAAGAACGACAGCACAGUCAUUUUCUUCUCGUACCUCUUUUCCUUCUUAACCAUUCGAAGAGAGAACCUGCCAUGGCCACAGCAAACAAAGCUUCUUGGAUUGUAGCAGCGAGCAUCAGCACGGUGGAAACGCUGAAGGAUCAAGGCGGCCUUUGCAGAUGGAAGCAUACUAUGAGGUCCCUGCAUCAAAAGGCAAAAAACGAGAUGGGUUCUUUUUCACAGGCAAGAAGAACGCCUUCUUCUUCUUCUUCCAUGAUAGGUGGAAGCGAACUAGUAAACACCAGAGCAGAGGAAGCUAAGAGAGCAGAGGAGUCCUUCAGAAAAGUCAUGUACUUGAGCUGCUGGGGUCCAAAUUAGGAUGUAUUAGAAAAGGCCAUCAUGAGUAAUUGUAGAAAUUCCAACCAUCUUCAGUUCACUGGAUGGAGGAUUUGGUGUUUUUUUACUUGAUUAGGAUGUACCUAUUAUGUGAAAUAAAUAUGUAAAUGUCAUCUAAGCUGAAGUUUGGGACAUCAAGUCUCUUUCAAGUUCUCUCAUAACACCAAAUUUAUGUGAGAUUUCAGUUGAAAAUUUUAUUCCACACAGAAAAGCAAGGGUAUUUUUCUUUCA